AUGUUCUUCCUGCGAGAACUCACCCACACGAUCUUGCUCCAUCCAUCCUACUUUGGUGCGCAACUUGAGGAUUAUCUGCGGCAAAAGCUCUAUGAGGAUGUCGAGGGGACUUGCAGCGGUAAACACGGGUACAUCAUCUCCGUCGUCCAGAUAACAGACAUUGGAGAGGGCAAGAUCAUGCCUUCGACAGGCCAAGCCAAGUUUAGGACAGGGUACACUGCGAUCGUCAUGAAGCCUUUCAAGGGUGAAGCGGUCGAUGCCAAGGUGGUCAAUGUCAACAAGAUGGGCUUCUUUGCCAUGGUCGGGCCGUUACAAGUCUUCGUCUCCUGUCACUUGACACACGCGGAUAUGAAAUUCGACCCAUCGGUUUCACCACCUUGCUACCGCUCGAAUGACGAAGUCAUCCAAAAGGGGACAAAGGUGCGAAUACAGAUCGUUGGGUGCAGAGUAGAGGCGAAUGAUAUGUUUGCAAUUGGCACUAUCAAAAAGGACUAUCUGGGUCAGAUCAGAGACGAUUAA